AUGGCGGACGUGGAGAUGAAAGAUACUUCUGGUGCUUCGGCCAGGACCAAAGGGUCAUCAAAAGCUUCGGAAAGUGCCAAUGAUGGCAAGAAGCGGUUUGAAGUCAAAAAGUGGAAUGCGGUAGCUCUCUGGGCGUGGGAUAUUGUUGUUGAUAACUGUGCGAUUUGCAGGAAUCAUAUCAUGGAUCUUUGCAUUGAGUGCCAAGCGAAUCAAGGCUCAUCUACGACCGAAGAAUGCACGGUUGCUUGGGGGAUUUGCAACCAUGCAUUCCACUUUCAUUGCAUAUCUCGCUGGCUGAAAACUCGCCAAGUCUGCCCGUUGGAUAACCGGGACUGGGAAUUUCAAAAGUAUGGGCGGUAA